AUGCCCGAUUCUUACGAGACUCACAAAACUCCGAUACCCCUGACACAAGAAUUCUUUGAAACUUGUCGCAAGGAAAAAGUUCCAGUGUCAUGCAAGACUCAAAUGAAGAAGACAGUUUCCAAAACUUACAACUAUACGACAGAAGUUUUCCGUCAUAUUUUACCAGUGGUGCAUCUAAUACGAAAUUAUGAAUUGAAGUCUUUCCUUGCAAAUGAUAUCAUCGGAGGUCUAACAGUUUCCUUUAUGCAAUUACCACAAGGAAUGGCAUAUGCAAUUGUGGCAGACUUACCUGUGGAAGUUGGUCUUUUUAUGGGAUUUUUUCCUGUCAUCUGUUAUUUCAUUUUCGGUUCUUCAAAACAUUUAUCGUUUGAGUAUCAUGGGCAUUUUGCUGGAUUUUUAAGUCUUCCCAGGACACUGUACGCAAUUAUUCUUCAGCUUCCAAAUUUACACUAUCCUGUACUUCUCUUGUCUCUCAUUACAAUUUUCAUCAUUUAUAUUAUCAAAAGCCAAAUAAACGAACGAUUUAAAUAUCGGCUUCGCAUUCCUGUUCCCAUCGAUCUGAUAAUGCUUGCCGACACCAUUCGUUCCUGA